AUCAGCUGUAAACAAGUCCAAACACGUAUAAAUUCACUGGUUGUGCGUUUUUCCUUCAUAUUCAUCCUUACUAUGUUUCUAAAAUUAAUUUAGUUACUUAUAUUAAUUUUUUUUGUUAAAUAAUCAAAUAACUUGCUGUAAAAAUUUGGAAAUAAAUCCGUGUUAAUUUAUAAAUCAAAAGAAAAACUAUAAAUAUAUUCGUACAAGUGAUAUUUCUUAACGGAAAUAUUCAAUUCUAAUAACGCAAACGAUGUCAAAGCUAAAUUAUAGAAUUCCGUUUCUAACGAAAUUAUCAAAUAAUAUCGACGGCUAUGGGGUAGUACCAAGUCAUUAUAACAUAAAAUUGGUACCGCAUGUCCGAGAAAAUGAGGUCACUUUUGAUGGUGAAGUUUCCAUAGAUUUUAAAAAUUUAAAUGUAAGAAGUUCGUUAAAAUUGAACGCUAAAAAUUUGGGAAUUGUUGAAAAUGUUAUUUUGAAAAAUGAUGAUGAAACUUAUAAGUCAACCGAUUAUAACAUUACUACUGUUAAUACUAAGCAUAUAUUAACUAUAAAUUUCGAUAGAGAAAUUGCUGUAGGAGUUUAUAAUUUAAAUAUUCAUUAUAAAGGUCAAGUUAACGAAAGUAUCGAAGUUUUGAAAAGUGCUUCUUAUUUUGAUAAAUCUGGAAAAAGACAAUGGAUGUUACUGAGUGAUUUUGAAACUGAAGGUAUUCAAGAAGUGUUUCCAUGCUGGAAAGAUGAAUGGUGUCACACAAAAUUCGAAUUUUCCAUUAAGCAUAAUAAAGAAUACAGAGCAUUAUCUAAUGCGCCGGUCAAAGAAAUAAUAACAGCAGACGAUCCGAAUUCAGUGUGGACGAUUUUUGAAAAAACUCCAACUUUCUCUCCUAAUCACUUUGCUUUUGUUGUCGGAAAUUUAGAAUAUUUGUCUGCACACGAUGAUGAUCCGUUCAAACUGUGGCUCCCUAAAAAUACAAUUGAUUUGGAAAAUAAUGAUAUUAAAAUCGUGAACAAAUUGUGGAAAGCAUUAGAAAAUGUGACCGGUGUAACUCAUAAAGAGCACAAAUACAGUAAAUUGGAUGUCGUUGUUUUGCCAGAAUUUAUUAAAAUGAAAAAACGCAACUGGGGACUCUGUAUUGUUAAUGAUGUGAGUAUUGGAUUGAAAGAAAAUAUCGAUAAAAUGGAAAAAGUUGAUACAAUUACCGAUGUAGCUAUUUCAAUGAUUGAUCAUUGGUUUGGCGGACUUGUUACAAGUGUUAAUUAUCACGAAAAACCCUCAAAUUAUCGCCUUCGUUUCUAUUUAGCUGAAUCUAUAGUUGACAAGAUUGAUAAAACGUGGCAUUCUGUUGAUCGAUUUAUUAAUAAACAAGGACAAGAAGGAAAUUGGACUGAAUUUUACAACGACUAUCUCUCGCGUACAAUUGAAUAUGUUUUGGGUAAAGACAACUUUAGAACAGCUAUAAGAAAUUACAUAUUAAAUAACGAGUCUAAAGAUGAGAUAGUUAGCGAGCUUCACGACGAAAUUGUAAAAGUAUCUGGAGACAUGAAAGAAACUAUGAAAAAAGUUUUAGAAAACUGGAAUACUUGUUCAUCGUUCCCCACAGUUACAGUUACUCGUAAUUAUGAAUCAAAUAGAGCGAUCGUUACACAAGCACGAUUUUUAGAUAAUCCGGAGUCGGAUUGGAGAUAUUGGGUUCCAUUGAAUUGGGCGACUCAAGACGAUUCUAAUUUUGAAAAUACUUCGGUAGCUCAAUGGUAUGAUGGUGUUUCUAUGGAAAUUGAAAUUCCUGUUACCGUUCCGAGUGACCGUUGGAUAAUUUUAAAUAAACAGAAUUUUGGUACAUAUCGCGUCAAUUAUGAUGAAAAAAAUUGGAAACUGAUAAUAAAUUAUCUCAAAACUAAUGAUUACUCAAAAAUUCAUCGCUUCAAUCGUAUUCAGCUGAUUAACGAUGCAUUUACGAUUGCUGAUUGGGGAUUUCUUGAUUAUAGUAUACCUUUAGAAUUAGCGGAGUAUCUAACUCACGAAACAGAAUUCGGUCCAUGGGCAGCAUUUUUGCAUCACAUUGAAAAGUUAUAUUAUGAAUCACCAAUACGUGGCUCCGCAUACUAUGAUAAUUUCAAGAAAUAUGUUUUGAAACUGACUGAUGAAUUAGAAAAGCGAAUUGUACUUUCGGAUGAAGCCAAUGAUGAUUUCACUACGCGGCUUUUGAGAAUUUCUUUAGUGAAUGUGCUUUGCAUUUCCGGCUCGAGUGUUUGCGGAAAUUACGCCCUUACCAAACUGAAAAAUUGGCUUGAGGAUCCUAAUAAACAUCCGAUUUCUGCAGACAUGAAAGUUGUGAUUCUUAAUAGCGGAAUACGCUUUGCAGAUGAAGACACUUGGAAUAAAUUAUGGGAAAAAUAUAAACUAAGUUUACAAGAUCCCAAAAACAAAAAAAUUUCAGCUUAUGAUAUGAGCAAAUAUGAAUUCAAUAAAGAAGAAGAACUUCUUAAUGCUCUAGGUUGUAUUCCAAAUGAUGAAUUACUUAAUAAGUUUAUAACAAUGAUCAUGAGAGAUGUUAUAGAGGAUGUGGAUCCAUUAGUAUUUCUAAAAAAUUUCAAUCUUUUGAAUGACAAAGCCCCCGACGCUAUUUUGGACUUCAUUGAAUCCAAACCUACUAAAGCCGAUGGAACUCCUUUGCUUUCUGAAGAAUUAAUAUUUGAUAUUGUUCAAAGUCUUGCAUCCUUCAUAAUAACUGAUGAUCAGCUACAAAAAUUCAAACAGUUGUUUUCUGAAUACGAUAAUGAUAAAUAUUUAAUUGCCGAAGAGGAUAUGGACUUUACUGAUAAAUAUUUCUCCGAAUCCAAAGAAAAAUUAAAUCAAAUCAAAAGAUUUUUUGAGACCAUAAAUUGAUCAGCCAAUUUAAUUUUUAUUACUGUCAAUACGGUUAUUAUUAUUGUAAUUAAAAAUAUGUUUCCUUGUCAUUA